AUGGUUGUAGUAACACUGCAAUGUGACCAGAAGGCAGAAGACGAGCGCCCCAUGAAGAUCAGUAGAAGGAAGUUGCUCGUCUUAUCUCCAAAAAAUGCAGAGCGAAGGAAAGUGAAGGCGAGCGGUGGCAUAGUCAACUACAAACCUAUUGAGGAUGCUAAACAGGUGCAAGUAGCAGUCACCAGUGAGCCUGGCGAGGGACUUAUCAUUGCUUACAUUGAUUUUGACAAGAAGUUCUCUCCACAUUUGAUUGACUGGGGUGCAUUCGCCUUGAUGGCGCUGCCUUCACUCGGCAUUCCAUUCCUGUUGUGGUGGACCAGCAAGAACAAGUACGAGAAGAUGAACAAGCCCAAAAAAGACAAAGGCAGUAAAGAAUGAACGUGAAAGUGAAAUGAAAAACUGUACAUUCGUUCUUCAUCAUCUCAUUGUGUUCCUGACAUCUCAUCUCAGCCUUUCAUCCUAGAUGUAGUCUCCAUCAUUGUCUUUCAUUCAUCAUCAUCAUCUUAAUUUAAAUGCGUCUCUCCGUAAUGUUGAAGUUGUAAAAUUACACGUUUUUCAGAUAUGUUUGAUA